CUAGACAUACAAAAUACAAAGUACAGAAACUGUCAAAAUUUGCUCAGUUUUAAACAGGAUUUUUUAUGGGUUCACAGUCGGGUAAAAUCGCUCAAGCUACAAAAAUGGCAAGCUCUGCAGAUAUAAACCAAUUCAUAAAAACUGCUAUUUCACAGGAUAAAGUCGUAGUGUUUUCCAAAUCUUAUUGUCCAUAUUGCUCCCUGGCUAAAGACGUGUUCAAAAAGGUGAAGCAGCCCUGCAAAGUUUAUGAGUUGAAUGAGCGAGAUGAUGGUGAUGCCAUCCAGGAACAUCUCCAGAAGAUCACAGGAUUCAGCACUGUGCCACAAGUCUUCAUCAAUGGGAACUGCGUUGGUGGAGGCAGUGAUGUCAAAGCUCUAUACGAUUCCGGAAAACUCGAGCCUAUGCUCGUGGGCUAAAUCUCUUUAUACAUUUUAAUUAAGCUUAAAUGUUAAAUUGUUACAGUUUCUAUUUUUUAUAUCAUUUUAAAAAAAUCGUAAAGUUAAAAAUCUUACGUUUAAAAGUACAAUUAUGUUAUUUAUUUAAUUUGUCAUUCAAAGUUUAUUUUGACAUGCAGCUCAUGUACUUAUGUCACAAAUUUUAGAGUUUGUUCAAACAACAAAUUUGAUUUCUGUAUAUAAAAGUCAUUUUGGAAAGGAAAUAAUAAAAAUAUUUAUUAGCGUUAA